CUUCCCUUCCAUCUUUCAUCUCCCACACUCCUCUUAAUUUCUUUCAUAAUUCAAUCUCUCUCUCUCUCUCUCUCACAAUAACAACAACAAAGACCUGAAGAUGGCAGCAGCAAGAAGCCCUAUGAACGUAACAGCAGCAAGGACAGCAAACCCUGUGGUUCCACAACACUCGCCAUGGCAUUCGCCUGUGCCGUACUUGUUUGGUGGGCUAGCUGCCAUGCUUGGUUUAAUAGCUUUUGCUCUCCUGAUACUUGCUUGCUCUUACUGGAAGUUAUCUGGGUACCUCGAGAACGGGAACGAAGGCGGCGAGAGAGACCUGGAAGCCGGUGGAGGCGAAGGAGGAGAUAACAAUGAGAAACAACGACAAGGUGUUGUUUUUGAAGAGAAGUUUCUGGUUAUUAUGGCGGGUGAAGUUAAGCCAACUUUCUUGGCUACACCAAUGUCUAGUAGGUCUUCUUCUUUUGGUGAUACGAAAAGCUGUUCCUGCGGUGAAAAGAGUGAAAAAUCUACAGAGAAUUGUACUGCUGAGACGGUGAAGCAGAGUGAUCAAGAACAGAGUAGCAGAUUGGAGACAACAACUACCCAAGAAUCAAUAUCAGAUCAAACCCAUUGAUUAUUUUUCCCUCUUUCUUUUUUUCUUGAUUAGGUUUAAACAAGUUAAUUAGACAGAUUGGGAUCUUGAAAGAAAAGAGAGCUCUGUUACAGGUUUUGAAGAUUUGGGGUGUCUGUAAAUGAGCUCUUGCACGUUUAGAUUGGUUUUAACUUUAUAUUUCUUUUAUUAGCUUGCUCUGUCUGGGGCUUGAACUCGAAACCUUAGAGUCCUGGAGAGGACGAGGGCUCCAUUACUAAUUGAGCUACAUUCAAUUGAUCUCAAGAGAAAGAAAGAAGAAGAUAAAGGUGGCACAUGUAAUGCGAGAGACUGGACAUACAUAAGUGUAACAUACAUACUUUUUGAUGCGGCGAGAUGAAACUGCUUUCCCAUGCCAGUGAUACUGUGUGUUUGAUGAUGGUAGAGUCUGAAUUUUCUGUUUUUCUUUUUCUUAUACAAUAUGUAUUUUGGUUCUGUCAAAGUGUAUUCAUACCCUCUGCUGCAAACUGUAGUGAGUUCAUGGAGUUAGUUGUGAGAUAUUUGAUUUCAGAAAAAUUUUCAUUUGAACUUA